GAUGCCGCGCAUGCGUAUUACGGGGAGCUCUGCGGAGAGCCACGUUUCCGGAGCAGGCUCACGUCGUCGGAGUUUGGCUCCGGUCGUGCGUGGUGACCGUUACCGGAUAGAAUGUUUAGGAGGCCCCCGCGGAACUUCCGGGGCCGCCAGAGAGCCGCGUCCAGCUGUAGCAGCAGCAGCGCCGAAGGGGAGCCGGAGCCGGAGCCGGAGCAUGGAGGGGAGCAGGGCGAUGCGGAGCAGGAGCAAGGCCCUGCCAGGCCCGCCGCCGAGAGGCAGCCGCCCGCAGAGGGGCCAGCAGGGGACAUUAGCGGUCAGGAGGAAGAGGAGGAUGGCGGCGGCGUGCCCCGAGGCAGGCCCCGAGGGGCAAACCCCAGAGCGGGGCAGGCGCGGGGAGAGGGGGCCCUGCUGAGCUUCGGCGCCGACGAGGAGCGAGAUGAGGGUGAGGAACUCUUUAAAAUAAAGAAACCAUCUCUUAACACAAUAACAUUUAGAAUGCAAAAGAAAGAAAACUCUCACUCUGUAGUUAGAGAAGCUGAAAGAAGCAAAGAAAUCUUCCAGUCGGAGUAUAGAAUAAUUAACACUACUGAUACAUGUGAGACAGAAGAAGAGGAUGAGCACUACUCAUCAGCCAGUGAAGAUUACACUAGUUCAACCUCUGAAACUCAAUCCAGCCCUCCACGGAAAAGAGAGGAUUUAUCAGCAGGUAAUAUACCUGAUGCAGCUUAUAUCCGGGUUACUUGUGGGAAACGUCAGUUGGCCAGGACUCAGGGUGACUAUAUUCCACUGGACCCAUCGCAUCGUGCUCCAGUCUCUCAGAAAAAAGCAUGCAGUGAUACAGAGAGUGAGGAUGACUCUGAUCAUGACACAAUUCUCCACUUCGCUCCCAAAACAAAAACUCUUAAGCAGAGGAUGGCUGAAUAUGCAGUACCCAAGAGUGAUGGAGCAAGUGAAGAUGAAAUACAAAACAUGUGGGAAGAACAGCAACUAAACAAAGCAGUCAAACUCCCACAGGGAAUUAAUGUAGACACUUCUCUACAUAAAUCUCGACCCAUGAAAAUAAGGUUUGAUCCCUCUGUUUCACUGCCACCUGUGAACCUGGAAAUUGUAAAGAAGCGACUGACUACAAGAAUGACAUCAUUACAGGACCUUCAUCGUGCUCACCAGAGAGAGCAUGAAAAAUAUACACAAGACAUUGAAAGCUCAAAGAAUACCAUCCAGGAGUUAGAGAGGUCUUCAAAUGCAGCUCUGAAUUACAAAUUCUACAGGUCUAUGAAAACUUACAUGGAAAGCCUUAUAGACUGUUUGAACGAAAAGCUACUUCAUAUUAAUGAACUGGAAUCAGCUAUGCAGAUGCUACUUCAACAACAAGCCAUAACUCUCUUGAAACGUAGGCAAGAGGAUCUGAAAAAUGAAUCUGCUUAUGUUCAGCUGCUAUCAAUCAUAGGAAAUAAUGGCAAGUCAACUGAUGACAGCUUGGAAGAUGAUGAAAAAACAAAGUGGCUCCUGGAAGAGUGUGAGGCUCGAAGGACAUGCAGAAGGCAAACAAGAGAGAGUUUUGGCAAAUUUGAUCACCAUGAGGGCAUGUCCAGUGAUGAUGAGCUGUCUGCAGCAGAGAUGACUGACUUCCAGAAAAACAAAGAUAAUAUCUUACGGGAGAGUAAGAAAAUAUGUGAAGAUGUGCAUGCAGAUUUUUGCAACAUCAGAAAUAUCCUGUUGAAAUUUCAGCAGUGGAGACAGAAGUUUCCUGACUCUUAUUAUGAUGCUUACAUUAGUUUAUGUCUGCCUAAACUCUUAAGCCCAUUAAUCAGAAUUCAGUUAAUAGGCUGGAAUCCUCUUGAGAAUUUCAUAGAUCUGAAUGAGAUGCCCUGGUUCAGAGCUAUAGAAGAAUUUAGCGAUGUCAAAAAUAUGCCACAGUCCAAGAGAGAUGAUGACACUGAUCAAACAAUUUUGCCUACAGUCACUGAGAGAACUGUUCUUCCUAAAAUUACAGGCUUUGUAGAACACGUGUGGGAUCCUUUGUCAACUUCACAAACAGUCAGUCUAGUUCAACUCUGCAAAAAUAUCUUUGAAGAACAUUCCCUUUCCAAAAAUGAAUCUAGUAAAGUAAAACAGGAUCUGGUAAACUCAAUUGUUUCAAGAAUGAAGAAGUCGAUAGAGGAAGAUGUCUUUAUUCCUCUGUAUCCUAAAAGCACUGUGGAAGACACAAUAUCGCCACAAUCAAAGUUUCAAGAAAGACAGUUUUGGUCAGCUGUAAAGCUGCUGUCUAAUAUUCUUCUUUGGGAUGGGAUCAUAGUAGAAGAUACACUACAUGAGUUAGGACUAGGCAAACUGCUGAAUCGAUAUCUCCUUCUGAUACUUCUUAAUGCACCACCUGGACCAGAUAAUGUGGAAAAGUGCAACAAGGUAGUUGCAUGUAUUCCAGAACGAUGGUUCAAAGAGCUUAAAAAUGGAUCAACUCUCCCUCAGUUGGCAAACUUUAGCCAACAUUUGUUGCAAAGUGCACAUAUACUGUACAAGAAUAACUGCAGUGAUGAAACAAGAGACCUGAUUCUUCUGUUGGUGAAAGUCAACGCCUUGCAUAUUGCAGAGGACUUCAUUGAGGAAUAUAAACUGGAACACCUGAAAUCUAUUGUCAGAAAGUAGAAUUCCAGCGAAAGGACUAAAAUACAAAAUUUAAAAUGUUGUAGCCAUUUUGGGUUUGAUUUAAAGCAAGAUAAAGUUCAAGCUAAAAUAGUGUUAAAGGUUUCACUUGAACAAUGCAACUGACGAGUUAGGGCUGCCCUUUCUUUAGUCUACCUUGUUGAGCCUAGAUAUUUCAUGGGACUUAAUGGCCCUGCAAGUAUUAGGCUUGAAUUUUUGCACUUCUUGUGCACCCAAAAUUCCCACGGUGGGUGAGUGAGUGUACUUGGUGCACCAGGAAUGCAAAAUCUGGUCCAGUGCAUGUUGCACUGGUUGGCAUCAAGUUAGUUAAAGAUGAAAUUGCAAUCUUAAGUACCACAGGGGUGAUUCAUACACACUUCAGUGGUUGGCAGUGAGAUGCAGGAGUCAUUUAUUGUAGCAACUUCAGAACAUCGUUUUCAGAAAUCUGACUGGUGUCCGAGAGUCUUGCUGAUUGCUAUUUUUGCUUCCCCCUGAUGUGUACACAGUCUUGUCUACCAUACAUGGAAUAUUUAUUUUAAAAUAGAUUGUGUUUUAAAGAGAAUUUUAAAUGUAUAUAACAAAAGUCCCUCUGCCAUGGAAUUGAAAGAGAAUUGGUUAUAGAAAUCCAGAGCGUGGCACAAGUUCCGAUGCAGAGUCAUUUGUAUAUGUAUUUCCCCAAAUGGUAUUUAACAUGUAAUAUUUGUAUUUUUCUUAUAGUAGAUUUUUUUUCCCUCUGGACAUGCUUUUACAUUUUUUAAAAACUGGGUAUUUUUUAUUUUUGUAAAAUAAAUGAAUAUCAAUUGUAAAUGACUAGGUACUAUUUUUUAUCUUGAUUAACUCUUGUACACACGGACUUCAUAAAAUAAAAUUAUUAGUCUUGCA